UGGAGAAAAACGUUUUAGUGCGAGAAGUGACUCCGAACGGUUAACAAUGAAAAUUUUUUGCCUCGUAGCUAUCAAAUAAAGGUGUAGUGAGGAAUCGGGAUGAAAAGAAAAAUAAUGAAUAAAAUUGAAUUAUAAGCAUGAUCUAGCCAAAGUUCUUUAAUAAAAUAUUUCAAUUAUAAAAUAAUCACGUAAAAAGCUACUUAAAAGUCAAAAAGAAAAAUUAUAUAUAAGAAUAAUGUGUGUUGAAUAAUUUCGCAUAAAAAAGUCAGAAAGAAAAAUAGGAGCGAAGUGAAAAAAGCACUUUUAAAUAUAUCUGGAAAAACUUGCUAGUUCGAGGAAGCAGAAGAGGAUAUAUAUAAAAAUAUAUGUUAGCAUAAAAAAAUCGAUUCUCUGUACAUGUCUUCAAAAACAGUGUGGCAAAAAAUACAAUAAAAAGCGUAUCCCACACAUAACUAGAAAUACAUUUGAUGAAAGAAUAAACAAAGACAAAAUAACAGCAUAUGUUUUAUAGAAAAAAUGAGGGUGCUGUUACUGUUACUUUUUGUCUUCACCCAAGAUUGUUAUUGUGGAGAUUCAACGACACUGUAUAUAAGUCGCGGCACCACGACGCAUUUAAAAUGCCCUAUCGACACGAAAAACUGCGGUGAGUUACACUCAGUCAAAUGGUUUAAAGGAUUAGAACGAAUUGGAGUUGCUUCCGGUGAUGGAAGUUUUACUCAAGUAGAAGGUUCUGAGAAAGAAAGACUCCGUAUAGAAUUUAAAACCGGCAAAUCGGUACUUUUAGAAAUCAAAUCCGUCCGCAUAGAGGACGAAGAUUUGUAUUCAUGUGAAAUUACAUAUCUUGAGCCUACUGAAACGUGUGAUACAUCAGAUGAAUAUAAAAUUAAUUUGAGUGUUGUUGUAUCUCCGUCAAUAGUAUCCAUAAUGCAUAAGGAUGGAACUAUUAUUCGAAACGGAUCAACCAUCGGACCGCUCAAAGAGGGACACCGUUUAGAAACAGUUUGUUUAGUACAUGGUGCUAGACCGAAACCAAUAGUAGGAUGGUACCGUAACGGUCGAAAGUUAACACAUCAAAUUCCAAGUUCUGAUGAAAAUUCCGGACUUCAUGAUGUACAAUCAAAUUUAUCACUAACAUUAUCACGUCAUGAAUUGGGUUCCAUUCUCGAAUGUCGUAUAUCAACAACACCAAAUGAAUCAAUUUUGUCAAUGCAAAUUUAUAUAGAUUUAGAAGUAAGGCCGACAAAAAUUCACCUAAGUGGCGUUAAAUCGCACGUUGUUGAAGGAUCGAAAGUUCUUCUACAAUGUCAAGUGGAAGGUGCAAGACCAGCUGCAAAUAUUUCGUGGUAUAAUUCUUCAAAACUAAUCGAUGAGUUAAAUGAAUUGACUACCAUUAGCACAAAUGCUCAUCCAAAAUCUGAUGGAACUUAUGAGACCGUCAGUCAAAUGAUCUUUACAGCAACAAGAUUUGAAAAUAAUGCAUUAAUACGAUGUGAAGCUGAUAAUGUUGUCAUGCGAAAUGAAAUGGAUAAGCCAUUGCAUGAUACAAUACCAUUGGAAGUUUUAUACCCUCCUUUAGUUGUUGUUAAGCCAGACAAUUUUACAGUAAACGAAACUGGAGAAUUUCUAUUGUUUUGUGAGUAUGAUGCAAAUCCUGUAUCAUUGCAAAGCGUUAGAUGGCUACAAAACCAUACAGUCCUUAACUUAAAUCAAUCACGAUUUGAUGGAGGUAAUCCAGAAUUGACUGCUUUGCUUGUGAGAAAUGCUACACGGGAAGAUAGUGGAACGUAUGUUUGCGAAUUAUCAAAUCAAGUAGGAACUGGAAUGAGUGAGCGCGGGAUUGUCGUUGAUGUUCAAUAUAAACCAAGUGUAUUGAUUCGCUUCGAGCCACCUUCACCAAUAAUUGAAAACGAUCGUGUGAAUGUAACUCUACAUUGUGAUGUUGUCGAUGGAAAUCCACGUAAAUUACUUAAAGUUCAAUGGAUGAUAAAUGGCGAUGUAUUGACAGAAUUACCCGAAUGCAACGAUGAUGCCUUUGAAGAUGGAAAUGAUGAUGACUCAAGCGAAGAUUAUGAAACGAAGAUUCAAAAGAAUCAAAACUAUUUCUGCUUCAUCGAUCCAACAAAAAUUCUUUUACAAAACGUAAACCGUGAAUUCUUAGGUAACUACUCAUGUAGAGGAUAUAAUGCAGCAGGAUGGGGACAAAAAAGCGAACAAAAACUCUUAAAUGUAUAUUAUGAACCUGGAAAUGCUAGUUUAACAGUUUCUCCUCCGAUACCUUUAAAACGAAAAAGUAUGACGUUAAGAUGCUCUGUUGAUGAUAAAGGUAAUCCACCAUCCACGCGUUUUCAUUGGUUACGUGGAGAAGACCCUGUAAAGGAUAUUGUAUCGUCAGAAUGGAUUAUCGAUCCAGUGUCACUUCAUAGUCGAAAUAAUUUUUCUUGUUAUGCUAUAAAUGAUGGCGGCAAUGGAACGAUGGCAACUAUUAAUGUGGAAGUUCAAGUUGCACCAACAUUUAUUAGUACACUUCCGCAAUAUAGUGGUUUCCUUUAUUCAGAGCCGAAAAUUAUGCUAACAUGCCGUAUCGAGUGCGUUCCAAAAUGUUCUAUUUAUUGGUUUUUGGACGGUGAAGAAAUUUCGAACCUAAACGAACGAUAUUUUAUAAAUGAAACUUCCAUAGCUGCUGAUACUUCAACUGGUGAUUUUGAAAGUGUUCUAUCAGAACUGCAUUUCAAUUUAUCAGCAUGGUCGAACAAACGAUUAAAUAUACUCAAAGAUUCAGCAAAUUAUACAUGUAGUUCAUCUAACAAUUCUGUUGGUCUAGGCGUUAGAAGUGUAACAUCAUUUGGAGUUGAAUAUCCACCAGAAAAUGUUACUGUAUCGCAACAAGAGGUGCAAGUUGUUGAAGGAAGAACACCUCCACGUGUUUUAUGUAGUGCAUCAGCUCAUCCAGCACCGAAAUAUCAAUGGAAGCGUUGGGACACUAAUGAAGUUUUUGUUCGUAAUUCACCCGUUUUAACAUUCCCUAAUGGCUUGAAUCGAACGGACAAAGGCAUCUACUCAUGCAUAGUUGAAAAUAAACAUGGCAACAAUGUCGCCAACAUUACUAUGAAUAUUUUAUAUGCUCCCAAUUGUACAAUCACACGUAAAGAAGAAGAUGGCGAAGACACAUUGAUUUGUGUGGCCGAUGGAAAUCCAGAAGACUAUCAAUAUAUUUGGGAGUUCUCAUCAGAGAAUGAAACCGACAUAAAUAAGAAACUCGAUUAUAAAACCAGAAACAAAAAAUCUUAUCUUAUAUUAGGUGAUGUACCACAAAAGCGAGUUUAUAUAUGCCGUUCUAACAAUACAGUUGGGACAGGAUCACAAUGUGAAAUAAGUGUUGAAGGUCAUUUGUUGUGGUGGAAUAAACUUUGGUCCCUUGCACCGUAUAUUAUAGUCUCUCUCGUUGUCAUAUGUCUGAUUGCCGUAAUUAUUUUAAUAUGCAUCAUCAUAUGUUUGUGCAGACGUCGUCGAAAACGAUCAAGUAAAAGCAUGGAAAAAUCUCUUGUGGAUAAUAAACCAAACGAUCCAGGCGCCGAACCUUGUGAAAAUUACGAAAAUUUACCAUUUCAUGGUUUACAGAAUCCUCCAUCAAAGUCACUAAAACCUUCUGAUUUCGACGAAGAACUUGAUGGUGUUGUAUAUGCAGACUUAGAUGAUGAAAACUAUGGCCCAAUCAACUAUAAACAAGCAUCGAUGUAUCAACAUAUAAAAUUUAAAAGAAAUAAUCAGAAGUAAUUUUAUGUUAUGUAUUAGAGCAAAAAUAUGUAUCUUUAAAGAAGUAGGGCUUUGGCUGAUAUAAGCUAAAGCUUGCCGAAGCAUAUGUAUUUGCCAAAUACAAAAUUUUGAAAACUAAUUUAAUAUGCAAAAUAGAAAAAAAUAAAUGCAAUAUAAAAAAAAUAUCUCCA